AUGUCGGAUACAAACACGUUUCCGCCUUCUCCUGUAGCUGCUGCCGGCAUAGAUCCACAACAGCAGCAAGAAGCCAUAGUAGAUGAAUCACAUCAAUUGCAUCAAGAGCUCAACACAGCAUUAAAAUCAGAGCAAGGAGGUGCUCCCGUACACGUCUUUUAUCCAGAUAUGCCAGCCGAGCAAAAGAAGGAAGCAUUGAUGAAGAACGCACCCGAGUUCCCUACCAUGGUUGAGUCAUUAGAGCACAUUAGUGAGCCAUUAGCCACUGACAUUGGAUCGACUGCCAACGACAAAAUAGCCGAGACAUUAUCCAAACCUGUCAAUAGCAGCAACAACAAACAAACAUCCAAAACACCAGGCGCCUAUGUCGAGCAACCUGUCCCUAUCCAGGGAGGUAUUCCCGAUUGGUAUAACGUGGGUUGGACAAGCUUCUCUAACCUACCUAAUCCUGGAGAUGAAAAAGCCAUGCAAGUAUUUGCAAAGACACAUUCUCCCGAGGAAAUCAAGCGUAUCUUUGAGGAUCGCUCUCGAUCUUCCAACGGUGACUAUGCCUCAGAUCUAGUAGCCCAACUCGUUAGUGAAAAGUACUAUGGCGAAUGGUAUCACAACUGCGGCGUUGUCUUUGUCGCCAUCUUCUUUACUUGGUUGCUGAUCAAGAUACGCCUAGGUUUAAUGUCCUGUCUAAUUGUAGGCGCUUUUUUUGCCACUUACUAUCGUACCUCAAUUAAACGCACCAGACGCAAUGCCCGUGAUGAUAUGCAACGUCAAGUCAGCAUCAACCGCUUGGAAACAGAUGAGGAGACUGUCGGCUGGAUGAACCACUUUUUGGAUCGUUUUUGGCUUAUUUUUGAGCCUGCCUUGUCUGCUCAGAUCAUUGGCCAAGUGGACGCCAUUCUGGCUGAGAACACGCCUUCCUUCUUGGAUUCCAUUCGCAUGAGUUCAUUCACCUUGGGCACGAAGGCUCCCAGCGUCGAUGGCAUCAGAGUGUAUCCUGGUACUGCUCCUGAUGUGGUUUGCAUGGACUGGAAGCUGUCCUUUAUCCCCAACGACGUCCUUGAUUUGACCGCUCGUGAAGCACAGCAAAAGGUCAACCCCAAGAUUGUAUUGACUAUUCGUGUUGGUAAGGGUAUGAUUGGUGCUGGUAUGCCCGUGUUGCUUGAAGAUAUCGCCUUUAGCGGUCAUUUGAGAAUCAAGCUCAAGUUGUUUAAUGAAAUGCCUCAUGUCAAGUCGGUGGAGCUGUCCUUUUUGGAGAAACCUCACUUUGAUUACGUGCUCAAGCCUGUGGGUGGGGAUACGCUUGGUUUCGAUAUCAACAACAUUCCUGGUUUAGAGACAUUCAUCAAGGAUCAAGUGCACUCCAACCUGGGCCCCAUGAUGUACGCACCCAACGUGUUCACCUUGGACGUCGCUGCCAUGAUGGAAGGUGCCAAUGAUUUGGAGGCAGCCAACGGCGUGCUUGCUGUUACUAUUUACUCUGCUAAUAACCUCAAGCCCAACGAUUUAUUUGGUAGUCUGGAUCCUUACUGCUCCUUCCGUGUGGGCAAUGUGCACAACCCUGAACUUGCUCGUACCUCUGCUAUAGAAAACACCUCGCAUCCCAAGUGGAACGAAACUCAUUUCGUGCUCUUGAACAACCUCAACGACAUUCUCUGCUUUCAAAUCAUGGACCGUAAUUCUGGUCGAAGCGAUGCUGAGAUUGGUGUGGCCAAUUUGGAUUUGAAGGAUGUCCAGGAAAAUGAUGGUGCUAUCGAAGGCUUGAACUUGGUGGUGCUUCGUAGUGGUAAGCCAGUGGGUGAAGUCAAGGCGGAUGUGCGCUAUUUCCCAGUGUCCAAAGCUGAGAAAUUGGAAGAUGGCACUGUAAUUCCUCCUGCUGAAUCCAACAGCGGUGUGGUUCGCUUCUACGUGCAGGAUUGCAAGGACAUUGGCCAAGUGGUUACGCAAAAGAAGGGCGGUAUUCCUUUGGUAGGUGGUCUGCCCAUCAUCAGCGGUGUCCCUAUUGUGGGAUCUCAUGGCGGUGAUGUCAAUGCCUAUGCUAUUGUCAAGGUGAACGGCCAAGAGAAGCUCCGUACAGCUACCUUCAAGCGUAGUGUCAAUCCUCGCUGGAACAAGUUCAUUGAAGUAUUUGUUGCUGACAAGUCCAACCUGAAUUUGGAUGUUACCAUCAUGAACAGCGUUGAUUUUGGCGAUGAUACAGUACUGGGUCGUUGGACAUCCAGUUUGAUGGAUAUGGAAAACCAGUUAAUCAAGGAGAAGAACGAUUGGUGGAAUUUGAAGGAUGGCACUGGCAAGAUCCACUUGAACAUGACUUGGAAGCCUGUGCCUCUGACCGGCUUCUCUGCUGGUUUGACGCGCGGUAGCUAUCGUGAGCCUAUUGGUGUUGUUCGUGUCAAGUUGAACAAGGCUACCAACAUAAAGAAUAUAGAGAUGCUGACUGGUGGUAAAUCAGAUCCCUAUGUUCGCGUCAUGUCUGGUUUGCAAUCGCGUGGCCAAACGGAAGCCAUCUUGGACAACUUGAACCCUGUCUGGGACGCUGCUGUCUACGUUCCCAUUCAUGCGCUGCGUGAAGAUCUUACAUUGGAAGUCAUGGAUUACAACGAUGUUACCAGUGACAAGUUUUUGGGCAUGUGUGAACUCUUGAUUAAGGACAUUGCUGUUGAAAACAAGACAGAGGAUGGUCAGACUUACUACGAGGCAUUGGCGCCUGUGUCUAGAAAUGUAGAGCUCAUGAACAAGGAGAGAAAGUCUGGUAGAGGCCAGCUGAACUAUGAAGCAUCCUUCUUCCCUACAUUGGCAUUGGCAAAGCAAUACACGCAAGAGGAACUGGAGGCCCAGGAAAAGGAAGCCAAGAAGAAGGACUCAGUUGCCAACGGUGAUGCUCCUGAAGCCAAACAACAAGAAGCUGCUGUUGCUGCAACUACCUCUGCUGCUGCAGCUGCCACCAGCCCCCCUGAAAAGGACCUCCAUGGAGAAGUAAUUCCAUACACUGAAAACGGCAAAAUCAAUCUUCUUGCCUAUUCUGCUGGUGUCCUGUCUGUCAAGAUCCACGAUGUUGUCCUGCCUAGCAAGAGCAAUGCUGUUGUAGAGAUCUUGUUGGACUCUAACGAUGCUCAAUUCCGUACAGCACCUGUCAAGGGCACAACACUCAGUUUCAAUGAAUCUGGCGACGCAUUUGUCAAGGAAAUGGACUUUUCUCGUCUUGUGGUGCGUGUGCGUAAUGCUAGAGACGACGUUAAAGAUGAAGGUCGUAUUGGCUUCUGGACCAGUCGUGUACAAGAUAUCGUUCAGUCGAUUCAAAACCGUCCUGAACCUGCUCAAGGAGAAGAGGAACAUGAGGACGUUCAAGAACACAACUUGUUGGAUUCUAAUGGUGGUCUCAUUCGCCUCAGUUUCAAGUUUAUUCCUGCUAUUCAGUUCCAAUUAGACCCUAGCGAAAGUUUAGAAAACCAGGGCAACUUGACAGUGACACUUGUGUCUGCCUCAGGUUUAAAGGCUGUUGAUAGAAGUGGCACCAGUGAUCCUUAUUGUGUCUUUAGUAUCAACAAGGAAAAGGUGUAUAAAUCACAAACCUACAAGAAACAACUUGCGCCUGUGUUCAAGAACGAGGGCUUCACUGCUCCUGUGGUGGCUCGUAACAAGGCUGUGUUUGACGUCAAGAUUUACGAUUGGGAUCAAAUUGGUUCCAACACCCUCCUGGCAGAAGGCCCUAUCCCUAUUGCCAAUUUAGAGUCAUUUGCAAUGCAAGAAGAGGAUGUACCUCUUCGUGGUGGUAAUAUCAAGCUUCGCCUCAAGUGGGAGCCUCAAUUACUCGCUCGUAAGCGUAUGGGUACCUCCUUGUUGAGCUCAACUACACAUAUUCUCACCAGCGGUACUGGUUUAGCUGGUGAUGUGGUUGGUUAUGGUGUAGGUGCAGGUGGAAAGGUGCUUACGGGUGGCACUCGCAUGGUAGGCGGUGCUAUUGGCGGCGGUACCAAAGCGGUUGGUGGUGCCAUUGGAGGAGGCAUUGGCGCUAUUGGCGGUGGUAUUGGAGCCAUCGGCCGAGGAUUUGGCAAGAUUGGAGGUCAUGGCAAGAAGUCCUCUGGCGAGAUUCCUGUGGUUGCUACUCAGGAACUCUCUGACAGUCUAGUUGCUUCACCUGUUGUCUCGCCUGUCACUAGCCAACAUCUUGCUGGCAUCAAUACAACGGCAGAACACCGACCCGACAUGGCACAUAGAGGGAGUGUCUCUGUCCUGUCAUCAAAUGGAUCCAUCAACAGCCCACGAUCUGUGUUUGAAGACCGAGAGAAAAAUGUCACCAUCAAGGUCAAUGUGGUGGAAGCCAGAAGUCUCAAGGGCUGUGGCCGCGACAAGAUGAGUGAUCCCUAUUGUCGUGUUAAGCUUGGCAAAAACGCUAUUCACAAGACCAAGCACCUCAAGAAAAAUUUGAACCCUGAAUGGAAUGAAACAUUUACAACAAAAGUAUUUGGGACAUCUGUCCUUGAAUUCAUGGUGAGGGAUCACAAUACCUUGGCUGAUGCUGAUAUUGGAGAGGUUUCAUUCAAUGUCAGUGAGCAUGUUGAUGAAGGUAAAUCGUUUGACGGCUGGCUUGCUCUGUCACCCAAUGGAACAGGUGAGAUCCAUAUUCAGGUGCAAGUCAUCUAG